AUGUUUCAUUGUGAUUUAGGUACAUUGUGGACUGCAACAGCCCAUGCUUUUACAGCUGUUGUUGGUGCUGGCAUAUUGGCAUUGCCUUGGAGUGUUGCUCAAUUGGGUUGGAUCCUUGGCCCCUUUGUUGUCGUUGUCUUUGCCAUUGUUACAUAUUAUAUAGCCUCUCUUCUGUGUGAUUGCUAUAGAACGCCAGAUCCAGUUACUGGAAAAAGAAACUAUACAUACAUUCUUGCUGUGAGAGAACUUUUAGGUCCUAGAAGUGAACUUAUCUGUGGUAUAUUGCAGUAUUCGAUAUUAUGGGGAACAAUGAUUGGCUACACAGUUACAACUGCCAUUAGCAUAGCGUCUGUAAAGAGGACAACAUGUUUUCAUGACAAGGGGCAUAAUGCAGAAUGUGGAAUAUCAGGAUAUCUCUAUAUGCUUAUUUACGGAGCAAUAGAAAUAUUUCUAUCACAAUGCCCAAACUUGGAAAAAGUGGCAAUCCUGUCAGUAAUUGCAUCAGUCACAUCGUUUGCAUAUGCACUCAUAGCAUUAUGUCUAUCUGUUGCUAAGCUGUCCUCAAACCAUGAGUUUAAAGGAAGUCUCAUGGUAGCUAUGGUGGGAAACACUGAAGCUACACCAGAGAGAUUUUGGCAAGCUUUUCAAGCUCUUGGAAACAUUGCUUUGGCCUAUACUUACUGCAUGCUACUCAUAGAAAUUCAGGAUACCUUGAAGGCACAUCCACCAGAAAAUAAAGUGAUGAAGAGAGCAUCAAUGUAUGUUGUUACUGGAACAGCUUUGUUUUACAUUUCUCUGGGAUCCAUGGGUUAUGCUGCAUUUGGAAAUGACGUUCCUGGAAAUGUUCUCGCUGGAUUUUAUGAACCAUUUUGGCUUGUUGACAUAGCCAACAUUGCUGUAAUUAUACAUUUAAUUGGAGCUUAUCAGGCGGUGCAUGCUGUCUGUGCAUUCGACAAGCGUAAAAAGAUCCAGUUUCAUGAAAAUGAUUGGGAAAUUUAUGUGUAUGCUCAACCAGUUUUUGCUAUCAAUGAGAAAUGGAUUGAGUCAAGAUGGCCAACAUCACAUCUCAACAAAAGCUACACCAUUAGAUUCCCAUGGUCGAGAAAAGGCUCUCUUCAAUGGACUAUAACCAGGCUGUUUCUACGCACAAUUUUCGUUGUCUUCACAACUGCAGUUGCAAUGAUGUUUCCAUUUUUCAAUGCGAUUCUCGGUCUUCUCGGCUCAAUUUCGUUUUGGCCACUAACAGUCUACUUUCCAAUAAGCAUGUACAUAGUGCAGGCCAAGAUCAAGAGAGGAAGCUGUCAUUGGAUUGGUCUUCAAGCUUUAGGCUUUGUGUGCUUGAUUGUAACUGUCGUUUCUGGAAUUGGUUCAGUUGCAGGUAUGGUAGAGUUUCUUAAGAAAGCAAGGCUAUUCCACAUUGAGAUCUAA